GAGCGUGGCUUUACCGGGGAGGCUCCGCCAAUAGCGCCACUCGCCGUUGGCUGUAAGGAACUCGCGGGCACGACGAAGGCGAUCCUGCAGAACGCCGUCGUCGUCACUGAACCCACGAGUGGCUCGAACGCCUCCCUCUCCCCACCUCCACGCUCCCUGCUAUCGCUGCGGAGAGGGAAACGCUCCCGGCCCCGCAGGACGUGAUGACAACCAUCCAACGGCAGUCACCUCCCACCCAACCCCAAAAAAAUAAGAACGGCGCCUGCCGUGCCAAGUUUGACGAAGGGGGCCGCUCGCCGUAGCCGCCGCCGCCACACGCGAGACGCCGCCCCGCGGACUUGGGCUCGAUUCCACGAGCGGCAUUGUUUCCCGACGACGCCGGCUGCCUGCUGGAGUGGGCGGCUCCACGUACGGGGGCCUCCGCGGGAGCUCUUCGCGUAGCUGCUCGGCUCGCCGGGGUGCCUCGAAGGCAUCCGGGGAGAAAUGUCGAGAGGGCUCUGCCUGCUCCGUGGCGGCUUGGAGCGGGCGGCGUGAGGCGGGCGUGGGUUCGAGGGGAUCGUCGUUGGAGGUUUGGGAGCGGCACGCCCGCGUGUCCUGGUGUCGUCGUGUUAUCGUUGUCGUUCGUUGAAGCCGUGGACAAUUUGAAUCGCUGAGGAUUCGUCUUUGUUGUGUUUUGGUUGGGAAAAUCAAGAGAAUGAAGAAAAUCAGAGAACUUUCAAACGCCAAAUGAAAUUGCUGCCGCUUAUUUUUUUGAAGAAUCAAAGACAAACAUCAUCAUCGUAAUUCGUCAUUACAAAAUCUCACAUUAAAACAACAACGCACACACGCACGCUUCCUACGAAGGCCACGGGGAACCCAAAGUCCGACUGCGCUAUUUUAACGAGCGACAAGCGAGCGAGCCCCGAUGGCCGCCAACAACGGCUCGGAGGCCCUGUCUCCGAGGUCGGAUGGCUCGGAUGGCGGGCAAUUCGGCUGCUCCCUCAUGGAGCUGCGCUCCCUCAUGGAGCUCCGCGGUGAGACCGCCCUCCACGACAUCCAGCAGAAGUACACGGACGUGCCGGGGCUGUGCCGCCGUCUCAAGACCUCGCCCACCGACGGGCUGAGCGACAGCGCGAGCGACCUGGAGAGGAGGAGGCAGGCGUUCGGCAGAAACGUCAUCCCCCCGCAGAAGGCCAAGUCCUUCCUGGAGCUCGUGUGGGAGGCCCUGCAGGACGUGACGCUCAUCAUCCUGGAGAUCGCCGCCAUCGUCUCCCUCGGCCUCUCCUUCUACCGGCCGCCCGAGGAGAGCAGCGAUGAGUGCGGCACACUGGCGGGCGGCGGCGGCGGCGACGACGGCGAGGCGGAGGCCGGCUGGAUCGAGGGCGUCGCCAUCCUCUUCUCGGUGGCCGUCGUGGUGCUCGUCACGGCGUUCAACGACUGGAGCAAGGAGCGCCAGUUCCGCGGCCUCCAGAACCGCAUUGAGCAGGAGCAGAAGUUCUCCGUGGUGCGCAACGGACAGGUCGUGCAGAUCCCCGUGGCCGAGAUCUCCGUCGGCGACGUGGCCCAGGUCAAGUACGGUGACCUCCUGCCGGCGGACGGCGUCCUCAUCCAGAGCAACGAUCUGAAGAUCGACGAGAGCUCGCUCACCGGCGAGUCCGACCACGUGAAGAAGUCGGCCGACAGAGACCCCAUGCUGCUGUCGGGCACGCACGUGAUGGAGGGCUCGGGCCGCAUGGUGGUGGCCGCCGUGGGCAUGAACUCUCAAACGGGCAUCAUCCUCACGCUCAUGGGGGCGAGCGCCAUGGAGGAGGAGGCGACGCCCAAGAAGGACAAGAAAGCCGCCAAGGCGACCAAUAAGAGUGGAGGUCGCCCCGACAGCAAGGGGCAUUCGGCACACGCAGGCAAGAAGCCAGCCGGAGAGACGGGCGACAUGGAGCAAGGGAAACCAGCCACCAAUGACGUGGAUAUGGAGCUGGAACCCCUGAGGGACGUUGAGGCCGCCGUGGAGGAUGGCAGCGGUGGUGCACGCAAGAAGAAGUCUUUUACCCCCAAAAAGGAGAAAUCUGUGCUGCAGGGAAAACUCACGAAGCUGGCCGUGCAGAUUGGCAAGGCCGGCCUGGUGGUGUCGACCAUCACGGUCAUCAUCCUGGUGCUCUACUUCGUGAUCGACACGUUCGUGGUGCAGGGCCGCCCGUGGCAGUCCGAGUGCUCGCACGUCUACGUGCAGUACUUCGUCAAGUUCUUCAUCAUCGGCGUCACCGUGCUCGUCGUCGCCGUGCCCGAGGGGCUGCCCCUGGCCGUCACCAUCGCGCUGGCCUACUCCGUCAAGAAAAUGAUGAAGGACAACAAUCUGGUGCGGCACCUGGACGCUUGCGAGACAAUGGGCAACGCCACGGCCAUCUGCUCCGACAAGACGGGCACCCUCACCACCAACCGCAUGACGGUGGUGCAGGCGUACGUGGGCGGCGUGCACCAUCGCCGCGUGCCGGGGCCCGACGUCAUCCCCGAGCCUGUCAUGGACCUCCUGGUCACCGGCAUCUCCGUCAACUCGGCCUACACCACCAAGAUCCUGCCUCCGGAGAAGGAGGGCGGCCUGCCCCGGCAAGUGGGCAACAAGACGGAGUGCGCCCUGCUGGGGCUCGUGCUGGAGCUGGGCCAGGAGUACGCGCCGGUGCGCGACGAGGUGCCCGAGGAGGCGCUGUUCAAGGUCUACACCUUCAACUCGACGCGCAAGUCCAUGAGCACCGUCAUCCGCACGCCCGAGGGAGGAUACCGCCUCUACAGCAAGGGCGCGUCGGAGAUCCUGCUCAAGAAGUGCAAGCGCAUGCUGGGAGGCGACGGCACCGUGGCCCCGUUCGGGGCGCGCGACCGGGAGGACGUGAACGGCAGCGUCAUCGAGCCGAUGGCCAACGACGGCCUGCGCACCAUCUGCCUGGCGUACCGCGACUUCCCGCCGGGCGGUGCGCCGGACUGGGAGAGCGAGGGCGACGUGGUCGCCGACCUCACGUGCGUCGCCAUCUGCGGCAUCCAGGACCCCGUGCGGCCCGAGGUCCCGGAGGCGAUCCGUAGGUGCCAGCGAGCGGGCAUCACGGUGCGCAUGGUGACGGGCGACAACAUCAACACGGCACGCGCCAUCGCCACGGCCUGCGGCAUCCUGCCCGCGGGCGGAGACUUCCUGUGCAUGGAGGGGAAGGAGUUCAACCGGCGAAUCCGCAACGAGCACGGCGAGAUCGAGCAGGAGCGUCUGGACCGCGUGUGGCCCAACCUGCGCGUGCUGGCGCGCUCCUCGCCCACGGACAAACACACGCUCGUCAAGGGGAUCAUCGACAGCAACUUCGGGGUGCAGCGGCAGGUGGUGGCCGUGACGGGGGACGGGACGAACGACGGGCCGGCCCUCAAGAAGGCCGACGUUGGAUUCGCCAUGGGCAUCGCGGGCACCGACGUCGCCAAGGAGGCGUCGGACAUCAUCCUGACGGACGACAACUUCAGCUCCAUCGUGAAGGCGGUGAUGUGGGGGCGCAACGUCUACGACAGCAUCUCCAAGUUCCUGCAGUUCCAGCUCACGGUCAACGUGGUGGCCGUCAUCGUCGCCUUCACGGGGGCCUGCAUCACGCAGGACUCCCCGCUCAAGGCCGUGCAGAUGCUGUGGGUGAACCUUAUCAUGGACACGCUGGCGUCGCUGGCGCUCGCCACGGAGCCGCCCACCGAGGCGCUGCUGCUGCGCCGGCCGUACGGGCGCAACAAGCCGCUCGUGUCGCGCACCAUGACCAAGAACAUCCUGGGCCACGCCGUCUACCAGCUCACCGUCAUCUUCACGCUGCUCUUCGCUGGCGAGAUGGUGCUGGACGUGGACAGUGGACGGCACGCUCCGCUGCACGCGCCGCCCUCGGAGCACUACACCGUGGUGUUCAACACCUUCGUCAUGAUGCAGCUCUUCAACGAGAUCAACGCGCGCAAGAUCCACGGGGAGCGCAACGUCUUCGAUGGCAUCUUCCGCAACCCCAUCUUCUGCAUUAUCAUCGUGGGUACCUUCGUCGUGCAGGUCUUCAUCAUCCAGUUCGGAGGGAAGCCCUUCAGCUGCGCCAGCCUCAGCCUGGAGCAGUGGCUGUGGUGCAUCUUCUUGGGAGUCGGAGAGCUGCUGUGGGGACAGGUCAUCGCGACCAUCCCGAGCUGCCGGCUGCCGUCGCUGAAGCGGGCGGCCACGGGCGACGAGCCGGACGAGCCGGGCUGGGCCGGGCCGACGCGUGAGCAGGAGCAGGAGGAGAUGGACCAGGCCGAGCAGGAGCUGAGGCGUGGCCAGAUCCUGUGGUUCCGCAGCACGAACCGCAUCAAGACACAGAUCCACGUAGUAAGAGCGUUCCGUAGCUCGCUCUUCGAGGGAUUCCAAAGCCCCGACCUCAGCGCCUCCAUCCACGAGUUCAUGUCCAUGCCAACCUACAAUAUGGCCGACUCCUACACGGAUCUACCGCUGGCUGUGGAGCAGGACCAGGCCGCCACUGCUGCCGCCCCCACGUACAGCUUUGAGAUUGCUCUCUAGGCCAGAACCUGUCAACCCUAAGCACCCUCUAGCAGUGAGAUAUAGAGAUUGUUUUACACGUGGAAGCUGCAGGUCAGGUGGGAGUGAGAGGGAGGUCUGUGCUGAAUGAGGGGUUCGGGCCAAGUGUUGGCACAUGUCCUGGCAUCCCUACGAUUGUCCUCUGUGUGAGGCUACUGUCCUAUGAAAUAUUUAAGUCUUCCCAGAACGUUAACAUUUCUGGUUCUUGUCAAUUGGGUAAUGAUACACAACGCAAGGCAAUGCAUUUACUUGUAGUUCUGCCCUCUUCUGAGGUACAAAGCAGUUGUUUUGUACCUCAGACGGUGGCAACUCAUAGACUGGUUAUUGAGAUUCCCAGGCCUGUUCGGAAUGGAAGAGCCCUUCAAUACACUCCACUGUUACUCGUCAACACCAGAAUGUCCAAGCGACACGAAAUUAUGAAUCUUUAAACGCUGUCUCUGGGCCCUGUCUCCAGGCUCGGUAGAUACACGGUUAACUAUUUAUAAAUACCCCACGAAGUAAUAGGGAAUUAUUAAGAAUCAGACAAAAACAAGCUACGUUAUUUGUAAUUCUCUACACUUCUUCCACCAAUCUCGGUAAAUCGUGUGACACUCUGCUCUGUCAGAAGAUAUGAGAGCCGUCGGCUUUCACAGUUCCGUAUUCUACUACCUGUUGAGAAGAAAGAUCCAGGGUCGUUAGAAAUCAGUGGGGUAUCUAUAAAUGAAUCACCUUGUACAAAAAAGAGGGCCCCCUACUUGCGGCCCAGCUCUGUGACCGUGCAUGCCCGUCGGUGUCACGGAGUUGUGCGUCACACGGCCGGGUACUUGUCGUGCAAAAAAAUCCACCCCCAAUUGAUUCGCUCCUUAAUAAUUCAUCGCACGCGUUUGAAGCAACAGCUGCCAUUAUGAAGCCACAUGCACUGUACGCUGAGCAAAAAUGACUGCACCUCAAUGAGCAAUAGGGUCUCUGUUGUGUCUUUGCCAGGGGGGGGGGGGGGGUUAUUACUGACGAGUGUACCACACACUACAACGUUACAGGCGAUCAUUAAGACACCGCGAACGCGAGUUGGGAUUUGACGUGUGCAUUGUUUAUAUUGCAUCGCUGUAGCCGUAGGCCCUGGAGUGUAACAGUUGUGGACAGUAAGAUAACGCGGAGUGGUCUGUAUAUGGUGCGUCUUCGAAAUACCAUUCUAAUCGGGGAUGACUGUCCCCCAUAUAUCCGUUUUUUUUUAAUCCCGUUAUUUUAAUGCAGGCCCAAUCGAUCCAAUUUUUACAAUGUGUAAUGUUAAUUUGACAUUUUUUUAAAAGGGUAACUUUUACAUCAACGCAGCUCUGAUGUUAUAUUGCGUGUACACAAUAAAAACGUAUGUACAAACAAUACAGUCUAAAAUAAAUGGAAACAAAAAAAACAUUGAUGCCACCGAAAAUCACGAGACAUUAAUGGAUGGAACCCACAAUCGAAUGCUGCAGUUGAAGUAACUUCAGAGGAACAACAAAAAAACUGGGACUGCCUGGCGUGUGACAAUUCUGCCGAGUGCGGAGACGUGGCUAGCAAGUCAGUACUUUCUGUUUAAGCGUAAUUAGUGCCAUUUAAUUUUUGUUUCAAUCUCCCCCUUUCCCCCAUUUUUAUGGGUCCCAGUCAAAAAAAAUAUCCCGUUAUAUGCGGCCCUACGGGAAAUCCAAAAUUGUAAACAACGCGGAAACCCAGUACAACACAAACAUUAAUGCAGGCGAGAAAACAACUAAAUCAUGUUGGGAUGACCACAAUUUUCUCAACUUGGUUCUUUUGAGCUGAUGGGCCGACAGCUUCGGUGCAUCCAAUGCGAGUCUGUGUGCAUUGUAAUCUCCACGGUGUAUAUCCAUCCACGGUUUUUUCCAGGACACACACUGCACGUAUCAUCAUACAUCUGGAUGCAUGCGGCUUCUACAGCAGCAGGUGGUACGUGCAGUCCAGAGGAAAUACUGUUUCUCGGUUCAGGGGCUUGUAUACUGCCCAGAGCUCUGGAGUUGUGUAUUGUUUUCAGUAAAUGCAUGGCUUCUACCGUUCUUGAUGUAGGUGUCUUGCAGAGACUGUAAUGAACGUCCAGCUGUUUUGUACUCGCAACUCCGGGAUAUGACCCGUCAAUUAUGAGUACAUUUGACCGUAUGAGGUGCAUGCUCAAAUGUGUAAAGGUACCACCCCCCCCCCUCCCCACGCCUAAACCUUGUGACGGAACAAGGGGUGACCUCGAUAAUAUAAUCCAACUUUCGAAAGUGGAGUCUUCUGUGACUUAUCUGCUGCUGCUACUACUCGUGUGUGUGUGUGCGGCGAGGUUUGAACUGAUCUGAGCAGGAAUGAAAGCGUCAAUUUAUAACCAUCGCCACUUUUGUUUCAAGCAGAGAUUCACUGCCCCCUUGUGGGAGUUUUCUUUGAAUGCAGUCGCGUGAAGUGGGAGCAACCCUUGAGGUUUGUUAUCACAUAACUGGGUGUAGUUGUUAUAUUAUUGGUUCUUUCGGUAAAAUGAUGUAGAUAGAAAACAAACAAAAAUGAUAAAAUAAGUAAAUACAAAUUUGAAAAUAAUAAAAGCAAAAAACCCACGACGUUUCAAUCGCAACACAAGCGGUCUUGAAUUAUUAUUCAAAAUGUAACUACAUUUUGUAACGACGACAUUAUUACAUUAAUAAAACCUUCCAGGUGCGUAGAAGCACCCUUAGGUUCCGCUUGAGAGUAGCUGACCAGAGAUUGCACCUACUUUUAGACGGUUGGCUACGUACGGUGCGAAAGAAGUUGCGCAUGCAUACAUGCUUAGUAUGUUGGUGGAGGGAACACUGAGGCAGGUGCUCGGGUGGGAUGUUCCAGACCUUUUUUCGUGAACCAACUCACUAUCACCUCUCAAAACAAAUUUGCGGACCACCCCAAUAGCAUUUUUUUUUAUAACAAAAAAAAGUGUCUGCAAAAGUUUGGCGGACCACCGGUGGUCUGUAGACGCAAGGGGUUAGGAACCGCUGCGCUCGGGGAAGAUACAGCACCAUCAAUCUGAGCGGACGUCGAACUUUAAAAAAGAUCGGACGUUGAAAAUGACAGAGAGAAGUGGAGAGAGCAUGGCAAGGAUAUGUUGGUGGAGUGAGCGGUCGUGGCCCCAACGCCCAAUAUGGCAAGCGACUAGAAAAAUAAGAACAUUGUGAUUUAAGGUGUUUUGACUUAAAUGGAUCCUGGAAUAUUUCAUAACUUAACGUUGAAUUGUCAUGUUUAUUUUUUUUACAAAGUAAUGGCGUCACUACUUGUUUUUUAUUUAACCAAUAAGUGUUGCGGCUUUGUGCGUUGCUCAGAGGUAGGGAAGGGGAGCAGACAAGCACGAGUAGAAACACUGCCACGUGUUAGCUGUCAACUGUUAUCAUUCACUUCACCAAUGAGCCAUUUCACAUGCAGACACUUGCAGUGGCGUAGCUAGGAUAAUUUGCGCCCGGGGACGAACUAUAAAAAUUGGCGCUCCCCCCCGUUUAAUCACAUACCAAAAUGUAAUUACAUGACAUGUCGGCUGUGUGUGGCGGGAUAUAUAAACUUUUAGGUUGAGGUGUAGAUUUGUGCAGUAGUUUCAGGCUGCCGCGCCCGCCGCAAUAAGUUAUCAUGUCACGUUGUAAGCCUCAUUUUGGCGCCCCUUUACCUUGGCGCCCGGGGACAUAUGUACCCCCCUGCCCCCCCCCCCCCCCUAGCUACGCAUCUGGACACUUGGCGCCCACAUUUAGCUCAUCCACCCAGUGUGUAUCUGAAUGCUCUGUUCAUCAUGAUGCAUAUGCAGCCAGCCAUUGUGUCAAUCCACUACUGGAUGAGGGGCUUCCCCAAGGCGUUGCGGGUCGUGGGGGCUGUUUGACCAUACUUCACCACGCUGCUCACUGUGGCUUGGGGCGCUGCGGUGGCGAGAUGUUAACUACCUCGCUUGGUAUGGAGGAUGUCGUGGGUUCGAUCCUGACCCCAACGCCUGUAUAUUUGGAGUUUGCGUGUUCUCCCCGUGGUCGCGUGCAUUUUUCUCCGGGUCCUCCGGUUUUUCCCUCCACAUUUAGAAAUAUGAUUCCAGCGGGGUCAUGGAUUGUGUUGCAAUGCCCAAAACGUGGCUCCGCAGCUCCAUCGCAACUUGUUGCAUUGGGGUCGCCCAUCCAAUGAAUUAUCCAGGCUCAACCGUGCUUAUCUUCCCAAGUUUUUACGAAAUCUGAUGUAUUACGUGUGGCUUCGUCAGAGGCUCAUCAUAACAACCGAUGCUAUAUUUGACUUGUGAUUGUUCAGUACAAUUCCAGAAGAUAUUUUACCAAGCAUUCCGCUACUAAGAGCUAAAAGUGCAGCCCUGCAAGUGCUCGCUUACGUCACUGCUGGAGGAAAGGCCUCCACGAGAGGGGAGCUCAAGAGAGCCGCCCUCCUGAGGAAUUGGUGCCUACUUUUCCAUAAGCUAAUAAAGUAAAUAUUUCAUUCAAACGAAUUUUAACCUUAACAUAUAUAUUUAUAUUCUAUUAACCAAAUUUUACACGGUGAAUAUUCCUUCGCAUUCAUUUUUUAUUUGGUGAAAACGUGUCGAUGUUUCCAUUGCCUCCAAAUGGGGCAAUGAAAAUGUGUUGAGGCCAAGUGUGUCACGUUGUCAAUCUGCCCUGACAUGUAAAAAAGAAAAGUUCGUUUUAAAGCGAGUGUAUAGUCGUUUUAAAUCGAGUUGUAUAGUCAUUUAUUGUUUUUUUGUUUUUUUAUGUCGGUGGUGGGGAUGGCUCCGUAAUUGAAUGCCCCCCCCCGCCGACUCCCCCGUGCAGAGUUGUGAACUCUGCACGGGCACAUGGUGACAGCAGCACAGACGAGAGUUUAGAGAUCUUAACUAGAGUGUAGAGUAAACAAUUGUACUCAAGAAUAAGCAAACAUAUUAACGGCUUAUAAAUGACUUAGUUUUUGUUUGUUUAUGAAAGAGAAAGUGGUGGUUUGAGCCCACGUGGCCGGUUAUGCUCUUCCCCUGGUUAAAUCCACAUCUUAAUGCCAGUUAAGAGUUUGUAUAAUGACAAAUUACCGGAACAAGUGUUUUUUUUCCCCAUGAAAGUUACUGUACAGGUUUAUUUUUUAUUUUUUAGAUGUUAGAAAUACGGCUGAUAUAUUAAUUGCCUACAUUUAUUGUGUGAAAAUGUGGGCAACAUCAGCAGCAACCGCGUCACCAUUGCCACGGUGCUGCCUCGGAUGGAAGUUAAAGUGGUACACGAAUGAAGACGCCUGCAGCUGAGCUUGCACAGUCGUGAACGACUACUUACGGCGACAAUUAUACAUUUUAAACGUCUUAUCAUUCCGUGGCCUAACUCCAAAAAUCAUAUUGGCUGCGAAAACCGACGUGUGACGUUGAAGUCGUUAAAUCUGAAUCAGGUUUUCAGACUCGUGGAAUGCAGGAACCAAAAGCAGCCUGGUUUGAUUGCCUGUGGGAAUACAGCUUUUGUAAAUGAGCUGAAUACUGUCAGACAACAGUACCCUUCUAAAUUGUGUACAUUAAUAGUGCAACCCAAGGACGAAUUUCACGUGUUACCAAUUAACUGGAUCACGUUCCAAUCGUGCGAGGGUUAUGUAUGCAUGAACUGGUAUUGUGCAUCCCCAUGAGUCAUCAUGCCACCGUACAACUCCCCUGUUUUUGGGUGAUAUUUAUUUCCCCGUCCAAUUUGUCCAUCGCUAACACGUGGCGCGUGUGAGCGAGCGAGCGAGCGCGUGGACAUGCCGACACGACCAGAAAUCAUCCUAAAAAUGCACCAAUACUCGGGAUUGUUUUUUUAUUUAGCCGGAGGGUCAAAGUUCAACUCUAGAUCAACAACAGGCAUUUGAACAGUCGGGAAUAUGGGGCACGGUCCAUUUGGUGAGAGCAGUAUGCUGUGUGCUUAUUAUAAAUGUCUCUCCGAGCCAUUUCACGUUCAGCGACGCCAACAUUCCGAGACGUGGAACAAAAAUGGAGCACAGGUACUGCAAAUUGUGUUUUUAACAAAAACCAAAAAAAAUACCUGUGCUGGCCUUUGAUGCUUCACUGGCUGCUAGAGGUGAAUGUUCAUGAUGUGUGCUUUCAAAAAUGUCCUUGUAAAAUGUAACAGCAUCUUGUAUAUUAUAUAUUGCUUUGCCUGUACACCGUACAUUGAAAAUGUGUUGUGAUGACGCCUAUAUUUUUUGGGCACAUUAUCACCAAAAAUAUAAUUGUCCCUUUAACAGUUUCACAUGUAACAUAUGUGCAAACAAAUGUUGUCAGCAUUUUAAACGGAUGACGUAGUGAGGUUUAUGUAAGCCUGUGUUUUUAAACAUACUGUAAAAAAUAUAACAUGCUUAUAAUACGUGAACAGUAGUGAGUGUUUUGGGAAUAGGCUAAAGAAAUAAAACUACAAUUACGAUCGGGGUCCAAGCUGGAAUAGGCUGCAAGGGUGGGAUGGAUAUGAGAGGUUGGAGGUAUAUAUUGGGGAGUACGUUUUGUAGUUUAUUGACUAAAAUUGGUCAAAUUAGGCAGAGAAGGCAUUUUCGCAUUGGAGGGAGGUCCAGGCACUUCAUCACAGAAAAGCUGCUUUGGAGGGAAAACACCGAUGCAGUUUCUGCCAACUGAUGUAAAAUUUAGCUCAUAGUGCCUUUUUUAAAUUAUUUUUUUUCAACCAACUUUUGAACAUCGCAUGCAUUAUUUUGUGAUUACCAAUAAACUAAAUAAAUAAAUGCCCUAAUGAUCACGAACGUGUGAGUUUCCAAAU